UACUCAUAUUGCUAACACCACAGCAUCAGAAAUUAACUCGAUAUGUCAAAGAAAUGUUUUAAACACGAGAAAAAUAACCGGAGUUUGCUGACGCUGUAUUGCCUUCUAUACUCUGUGCAUAUUCUAUACCAUGUACAUAUUUCAAACUAUAUACAAAUGUAGUUGUUUUUGCUUAAAACAAAAAGCGUACGAUUUCAGGAAAUGUUGAUCAUUUUGGUCGGCCCUAAUCAUUGCGCAUGCGUAUACAAAACGGUUUUUUUUUUGGUUUUACUUUCGAUUUUAGCCUAAGAAUGCUAGAUUCGCUGUUUCGAAUCGAACUUAGAACCCUUUACUACAGAACGUAAACAAAUGGAACCUGGAAAUCUCAUUACCUGUGUUUUAGCUCUUCUGUUUUCUACUACAGAAAGUGUCUCUUCUGCUGUCUGUGAUGUGAAUAUUGACCCCUCUAGAGUCAUGGUGAGAUUUGGAGACCCAGUGACUGUCAACUGCUCCACAACACGUGAAGAUGUAUUGGGGGCUGGCUGGGAGUCUUCUGUUAACCCUGUGAAUGAACCGAAUAGUAAAAUAGCAGUUUGGAAUGUCAGCAGCCUCACUGUUUGGGAUGCAGAGCCAAAAUGCUUUAUAAACUACAUGAAUGAACCCCGUCAGUGUGUAGAAAAACUGGAUUUGGUUAUUUACAAGUAUCCAGAAAACGUCUCCCUCAUUGCUCCUGACUUUAUGAAGAUCGGUGAAGAAUCUAAAAUAAUGUGCCAGGUCCUAGAUGUGUCUCCUAUCAGAUAUCUCAGUGUGAAGCUGUAUAAGGGAGAUGAACAGCUUGGGAGUAGAAGCUUUACUCAUGACUCAGCAGUGUUUCCUGUGAAUGGAAACGUCCCCAUUCCAGUGACACCAACCAGAGCAGACAAUGGAGUGGAGUACACUUGUGUGGCAGAGCUUCAAUUGGGACCCGGAGGACCGAAACCAAAUCCAGAAAAACGCUCUCCUCCCUUGAAAAUACCAGUAUUUUACAAGCCCAGUCUAUUGAGCGCUGCUGAAGAAAAUGUUGAAGUUCGUGAAGGGGGCAGUAUAGUUUUAAACUGCUCUGCUGAUGGGAACCCAGCCCCCACGUAUGAGUGGAAAUACCCCAAAGCUGAUAAUGUACAGGAGAUAACGAAGGAUGGAGUGUCUACUGUAAACAUCACAAGAGCCUCGUCUAGCAAUGCCAGGGUUUAUGAAUGCCAUGCUAAAAACAGAUAUGGGGUCGCAAUGAAGAACAUCACUCUUACAGUCAAAGGAAGAAGCCAUUGGAUUGGAAUUGGAGUUUUGUCUGUGGCUGUAAUAGCAGUAAUAGUAUUGAUCUACAGACGAAUAAAGGCCUGAAGUGUUUUGUGAAGCAAAUCGAAAGAAUACAGCUGAAGUGUUCAUGAUAGUUAGCAGCCUCUUAUGCAGCAAACUCUUUGUGAAACUGGACUCUUGUGUUUUUUGUGUUCAGAGCCAGAGCCAAAUAUGGAGCUUGUUUUCAUACUCCUAAAAGGACACAAGAAUAUCUACUGUACCAUUUGAAAUAGAUUAUUCUUUUAAUGCUGUUUAACAGUGUGUCGAGCCAUGUCAUGAAAUCCUACCCACAGAACAACACUUAAAGUACAGCAAGAAGAGUCUCAUUCAUCCAUUGUCUUAACAUGAAAGAUGAUAAUAAUGGUUUCUAACAGUAAGCUGCAUUAAUGUCCUGCAUGUUGUUGUUUUUACAAAUGUUCACCAAAUUGCACAUUCUGGAAUUGUUAAUGCCUGUGUUUUUUUUACAUGUAAUGAUUAUUUGUUUAAAUGCAAGGCUGUGCAUCUUUAAAACACAGAAGAUAGCAUGGCACAAAAUAACAGGUUACUAACACUCUCUUCUGUAUCAAGUGACUUAUUUACUGCUAUGACACUACAGUAACCGCAGGCUACAUAAAGCUUAUCCCAUAUAAUGCAAAUGUUUAAUUACAAUUGUUUUUCUGAGAAGCAUUUAUGUUUUUUUAUUGAGUUAAUUUUGCUGUAAUUGUCAACAGUAAUGCUGAGCAAUCAAAAAAUGUAUUUACUAUGACUUAGUUGUAUAAUGAAUUAACAUAACAAAAGUGAUUAAAUAUCUCAUUAAUAAAUGUUGAUUAAUGAA